GGAAACCCUGGCCGCGGCGGCCCGGGUGAGGUGGCGGCGAGAGUGGUGGGGUUGCGGGCGAGGCUGAGCAAGCGUAGCAAGCCGAGCGGCCGGCCAGGAACGUGACGACUAUUGCGGGUCUCGGGUGCGCGAGUGGCGAAAGAAGAAAUGAUUAAAGCAUUCACUAUCCAGACUUUAAGGUCACAGUGAGAAGGAAGGUCAGGAGGAACAUGGCCUGGCCAAAUAUUUUUCAAAGAGGAACUCUGCUCUCCCGGUUCAGCCAUCAUCACGUGGUCGUGUUCCUGCUCACCUUCUUCAGUUACUCGUUGCUCCAUGCGUCAAGAAAAACAUUUAGCAAUGUCAAAGUCAGUAUCUCUAAGCAGUGGACCCCAAGUGCUUUUAACAAGUCAAUUGAAUUACUGCCUGUGGAGAUUUGGAGCAGCAACCAUUUGUUUCCCAGUGCAGAGGAAGCCACUCUUUUCCUCGGAACGCUGGACACCAUUUUCCUCUUCUCCUAUGCCGUGGGCCUUUUCGUCAGCGGUAUCGUCGGGGAUCGGCUGAAUUUGCGAUGGGUUCUGUCUUUUGGCAUGUGCUCUUCUGCUUUAGUGGUGUUCGUCUUUGGCACUCUCACGGAAUGGCUGCAUUUCUACAACAAGGGACUGUACUGCAGCCUGUGGAUCGUGAACGGCCUGCUGCAGUCCACCGGCUGGCCCUGCGUGGUUGCUGUUAUGGGCAACUGGUUUGGGAAAGCUGGGCGAGGGGUUGUUUUUGGUCUCUGGAGUGCCUGUGCCUCAGUGGGCAAUAUUUUGGGCGCAUGUCUCGCUUCUUCUGUUCUGCAGUAUGGUUAUGAGUAUGCCUUCCUGGUGACAGCGGCCGUGCAGUUUGCUGGUGGGAUUGUCAUCUUCUUUGGACUCCUGGUGUCACCGGAAGAAAUAGGUAUCCCAGGUAUCGAGACAGAAGAAAAUUUUGAAGAAGACUCGCACAGGCCAUUAAUUAAUGGUGCUGAAAACGAAGAUGAAGCUGAGCCUAAUUAUUCAAUCCAAGAAGGCAAUACUGUGACCCAAGUGAAGGCAAUAAGCUUCUUCCAGGCUUGUUGCCUUCCUGGAGUUAUAGCGUAUUCACUGGCCUACGCAUGCUUGAAGCUAGUGAAUUACUCCUUCUUCUUCUGGUUGCCCUUUUAUCUGAGUAACAACUUUGGAUGGAAGGAGGCUGAAGCUGACCAGCUGUCCAUCUGGUACGACGUCGGAGGAAUUAUAGGUGGAACGCUGCAAGGCUUCAUCUCUGACAUGUUACAGAGGAGAGCACCGGUGUUAGCUCUCAGUCUGCUUCUGGCCAUCGGGUCCCUGGUUGGAUACAGUCGUUCUCCAAACGACAAGUCCAUCAAUGCGCUUCUGAUGGCUGUCACAGGAUUCUUUAUUGGUGGACCUUCUAAUAUGAUAAGCUCUGCUAUUUCUGCGGACCUGGGUCGUCAGGAGCUGAUCCAAGGGAGCAGCGAGGCUUUGGCGACCGUCACUGGGAUCGUUGAUGGAACCGGGAGCAUUGGAGCUGCAGUGGGCCAGAUUCUUCCUGUCUAGAAAGAAGCGAACACUUCGUAAGACAGAUCCUUCAGUCCCUCUGCCCGCUGCCCCCUCUUCCAGCCUGAACUUGGCACUUCAGGGAGGCAAGGAGACACAUGCUUCUCAUUACCCCACACUUGACACGCAGGCCCCAGCUCUCUCACCCGCCAAACACACAUUCUUGCCACAGAUCCCUGCCAGAAGUUGCCACGGACCCUGCAGCUGCCCUGAGAUGCUUUCUCUGCUUCCUACAACUGUGUUUCAAAAGACAGUUCAUAAAUGUCUUAUGUCAGAAUCAAUCUGGGAAUUCAUUAAAGUACAGAACACUUAGCUUACUGUGGAUUUGCUGAGUGAGGGCCUGGGGAUCUGUAUUUCAACAAGCCAUCCUGGCGAGUCCUGUGCACUCUAUAAAGUCUGAGAUCUUCUAGGCUAAGAGUGGCCUACUGUAGGUAGUCAGAACUGUUGUCUCUCUUUUUUUGGCCGCGCUGCACAGCGUGUGGGAUCUUAGUUCCCCAACUGGGCAUCGAACCUGCACUCCCUACAUUGGAAGCGUGAAGUCUUAACCACGGGACCACCAGGGAAGUCCUUGUCAGAACCAUUCAAAUUGAUCUGUCUUGCUUACAUUCAGCUUCAGAAAGGCAUUGUUUCUCUGGGACAGUCAUGAGUAUGUGUCUCUGCUGUGGUAUACCACUCUCAGUCAUGUAGUGCUUACUUUGUAAAAUAUAGAUUUGAGAAUCAACUGCAUGGAUAAAAUAUUUGAAACUUUGACAACGACGUCAUGUUUAAUGGGGAAAGAAAAUAUGGGCAAAACCUCAGAGGAUGCUCAGUGGUCACAGAAACAGGAAGCCAGAAUUUGAGGGGUGGGGGUGUUACUCAGAUCAUAAAUGAAGAGAGGUCAGGAGAAAGAGAAUGGAAGGGAAAAGGCUUGUAGUUUUGACACUGAGGUCAUUAGAUGGCCUUGAAGACUGAUGCUUUUGCUCGCUUAAUGGGGGUAGAUCACUGGUAUCUGAUCGUGAGUGGUUAAUACGAGAGCAGAUGUCGCUGGAGAUUGUUGUUGUUUAGUUCCUCAGUCGUGUCUGGCUCUUUUGCGACCUCGUGGACCCACCAGGCUCCUCUGUCCAUGGAUUUCCCAGACAAAGAUACCGGAGCGGGUUGCCAUUUCCUUCUCCAGGGGAUCUUCCCGACCCAGGGAUCGAACCCACAUCUUUUGCACUGGCAGGUGGAUUCUUUACCUCUGAGCCACCUGGGAAGCGCACUGCAGGGGAUACACCACCUCAGCGCACGUCUCUCCCUGGUCAUACGGUGCACGUGUAUUUGUUCACGUCUGUCUCUCCCACUGUAAGAUGAGCUUCGUGAGGGCAGUGUUUUGUUCUGUGUUUUGCUGUCACCCCAGUCCUAGGAAGGGUGCCUGGCACAUGUGAGACGUUCAGGUACUUGUUGAAUGGUUGUAACAAGAAUGGUUUAUAGGAUCAGGGUGUUAGCUUAUUUGAUUAUGAAACUAAAGGGAAAAAAUAAAACUUAGCAAAGGUAAGAGAACUUUGUUUUCUUGCCAUGCUCUGGAGUAGGAACUAAAAAAUGCUGUUGGCCACCUGUUCAGAUGUCUUCAUAUAAAGGGUAUUGGGCAUCCUUUUCUGAAAUGACUCUAUUUUAGAUUUUCCUUCUUAGCUAAUGUUUUCUUCAUUAAUCAGAUGGAUGGAUUGUAAUUAGCAUUUCAAGGAGUUUCUUUUUAAUUAGAAUGCCUGCCAGUCUUAAGAUCCCUAACUAGGAACUUGAGGGGGUCAGCAUUAGACUGACUUUCGUGGUUUUAGAAACAGAAUCAGGAGUAAAUCAUUGUUCGCUUUAGUCAUUCCCCUGGCAUGUUGAUUUUUGAAUGAUUUCCUACUGUUUGAGGUAUAAAACCCCAAACUUCGUAACUUAAUAUUAAAAGCUUCGGACUACCUCUGGUGGUCCAGUGGUUAAGACUCCUCGCUUCCACUGCAGGGGGCGCAGGUUCAGUUCCUGGUCAGAGAACUAAGACCCCACAUGCCGCAGUGUGGCCAAAACAAAAACAAAAAUUCUAUAAACUUGGUCCCUAGCACUCGCCCAAUUCACAUUGAAUAGCUUUGUUCUCCCAACCUCCCCUUGACUUCCCAAGGAAAACAUUGCUUUCUCCCCCUGGUUUCCACAGCAGUUGGCGCACACCUGUAGUAGAACAAUUGCCCCAGUGUUUCACACUGACUGGUUGAUUGAUCCCCUGUAUCAGACUCUGCCUUCCUUGAGGAUAGAACUGUGCUGUGUCCUUCCUCUUUGCAUUCCCAAUGCUUAAUAUGUUUUUGCCGCACAACAGGGGCUCAGUAGGUUAAAUUGCAGUGUUUUCCCAAGAGAGAUGAGAACAAAUGUCCACAUAAACAUUUUUACACAAAUGUAUUUCACAGCAAAUGAUUAUUUACAAUAGCUAAGAAGUAGAAACAUCCUUACGUCCAUCUACCGAUGAAUGGAUAAGUAAAAUAUGAUAUAUUCAUAUAAUGGAGUAUUAUUUGGCAGUUCAAGAGGAAUGAAGGUUUGAUAGAUGCUACAGUAUGGAUGAACUUCAACUCUAUUAUGCUAAGUAAAAGGAGCCAGUCACCAAAGACCACCUAUUUAUGUGAUUUCAUUCAUUUGAGAUACCCGGAAUAGGCAAAUCUAUAGAGAAAGAAAUUAGAUUAGUGGUUGCUUUGGGUUGGGUGGGUCUGGAGAGUGACUCCUAAUGGGUUUCUCUUGGGGUGAUGAGGAUGGUCUAAAAUUAGAUUAUGGUGAUAGUUGCACAAGUAUACUAAAAUCCAUUGAGUGAUAUGAGUUUAGUAUUAUGUAAAUUUUAUGUCAGUAAAGCUAUUUAAAAGAUAAAGUAGCAUUCAGAGAGUUUGGAGGGCCACUGUGCUUCCUCUAAUGGGUGAUUACACCUCUGCUUUUCUGUUUCCCAUGAAGCCGUCUAGGCUAAAUCACUCAGUUGUUCUCCUUUAAUUUCUCCCAAUUUUACUAAUAAUGUGAUCAAAGAACAUGGGUUAAAUGAUAAUUUCGGUGGUCAGCUGAGUUUUGAGAAGGGUACCAAGACCACUCAUUGGAGAAAGAGUGGUUUCUUCACCAAAAGGUGCUGGGAAAGCAGGAUGUACACAUUGCAAAUUGAUGAAUUUGGACCCUUACCUUACACUAUGUAUAAGAAUUAACUCAAAAUGGAUCACAUACCUAACUUUAAGAGCUAAAACUAAUAAAACCCUUAGAGGAAAACAUAGGGACAGCUCCUUAUGACAGAUGUGUACCAAUGGUCGGUUAACCCUUGAAAAGAUUCUCAGCAUCCUUAGUCUGUUAGGGAAAUGCAAAGGAAAAACAUGAACUACCACUUCACACCUAAUUAGGAUGUCUGUAAUUAAAGCAAAGUAGAACAAAGUAGUAAGUAUUGGUGAGGAUGUGGAGAAAUUCCAUACAGUGCUGGUAGGAAUGUAAAAUCACACAGCUGUUGUUGAAAAUGCUAUGAUGGUUCCUCAAAAAGGUAAACAUCAUAUGACCCAGCAGUUCCACUCCUAGGUAUGCUGUACUCCAAAGACUUGAAGACAGUUUCAGUUAUUUGUUUGCCAUUGUUCACUGUGGCAUUAUUCAUAAUAGCCACAAGGUGGAAACAACUGAAGUGUCCAUGGAUAGAUGAAUAGAUAAACAAAAUGUGGUAUAUAUCUAUGCAGUGGGAUAUUACUCAGCCGUAGAAGGAGUGGAGUUCUGAUGUGUGCUACGGCAUCAAUGAACCUUAACGACAUUGUGCUAAGUGAAAUCAGCCAUGCACAGAAGGCCAAAUAUUGGGUGAUUCUACUUAACACAGAAUAUCUAGAAUGGGCAAAUUCAUAGGAAUAGAAAGCAGAUUAGAGUUUGUCAGGGGCUGAGGAGACCGGUCAUGGAGAGUUCUUGUAGAGAGUUCAUAGGUGCAGAGUUUCUGUUUGGGGUGAUGAAAAAGUUUGAAAAUAGGUAGUGGUGAUGGUUGUGCAAAGUCAUGAAUGUAUUUGGUGCUGGUGAGUUGUAUGUACAACAAAAGAUUGCUAAAAUGGCAAGUUGUAAAAAAAAAUAAAUAAAAAAAAUAAAUAAAAUGGCAAGUUGUAUGUUACAUGUAUUUUGCCAUAAUUUAAAAAAAAGAAGAUGGGUUAAAAGCUAUUGGAUACUUUUUAGUAAUUGAAAAUAAAAGAAUAUGCUGUAGAGUGUCAAAGUCGUGCAGUAAUCCUGUGAGCAAAUAGCGUAAUUGAAAAAUGAGUGGUAUACUUAAAAGAUGAACUAUUUUUAAAAGCAUCAGUUACAGUACCUUUCACUGGAAGAAGGGAUGAUUAAACAGAAGUGGUUUGAGGCUGUUCAUCAUUCUCUGUUAAUAGCAAAGUGAAAAAAAUAUAGACUUCUUGGACUUAGGCCUUCUGUCCCAUUUUUUAUUUGGAUUCUGCCAGCUUACCAAACGCAGGCUGUCAGUAAAGCUUAACUUGAGCACGUAUAUAUAGGAGCUCUGCAAACUGCAAAACAUUAUACACACCCUGACUCCCUUCUCACUUUCUAGAAGAGCCAUGUUUCAUCUGCUGUUUAGCUACUUCAUUUUAUUAAUUUAUAAAGGAUUAUAUUGUGGUUUCUUUUUCU